AUGAAAGUUGAAUUCAACAACCAUUUAGCCAAUGUGAAUCGAAGAAAACUAUUGAAAGUGUUUGUCAAUUAUAUUGAACAAACUCGUAAUGAUAUUCAACAUGCUGGUGUUCAAUAUAUUCUCGAUUCAGUCAUUGAAUCACUCGUUGAAAAUCCUGAUCGUCGUUUUGUUUAUGUUGAAAUAGCCUUUUUUUGGCGUUGGUGGAUGCAACAAACUGAUGAAAUGCGUAAUACAGUGAGAGAACUUGUUAACCAAGGUCGUCUAGAGUUUAUUUCGGGUGGAUGGUCAAUGAAUGAUGAAGGUGUUACACAUUACAAUUCAAUUAUUGAUCAACAUAGUUUAGGUGCAGAAUUUCUACGUGAUCAAUUUGGAGAAUGUGGUCGGCCAAAACUCGGUUGGCAGAUUGAUCCAUUUGGUCAUUCACGAGAAGUGGCAUCAUUAUUUGCACAGAUGGGUUUUGAUGGAUUAUUUUUUGGACGAAUAGAUUUUCAAGAUCAUAUUCAACGAGCUCAAACAAAAAGAAUGGAAAUGAUUUGGAAAGGAAGUUCUAAUCUAGAUGAACAAAGUUGGCUUUUUACUGGUGUAAUACCGAGAACUUAUAAUGCACCCGAUUCUUUUUGUUUCGAUUAUUUAUGUCAUGAUGAACCGAUGAAAGAUGAUCCAAAAUUGCAUGAUUAUAAUAUACCAGAACGAGUUCAAGCAUUUAUCGAUGCAGCACAUAAUCAAGCUGAUAGUUAUACAACAAAUCAUAUAAUGAUGACAAUGGGUAGUGAUUUUCAGUAUGAAAAUGCCGAUGAAUGGUAUAAGAAUUUAGAUAAAUUAAUCAAAUAUGUCAAUGCUCAGCAAACGAAUGGAAGUGAUGUUAAUAUAUUCUAUUCUACUCCUACAUGUUAUUUAUAUGCAUUAAACAAAGCCAAUCGAACUUGGAUAACAAAAACUGAUGAUUUUUUUCCAAUAGCAUGGAAUCAACAUGGAUCUUGGACUGGAUAUUUUACUUCACGGCCAGCAUUGAAACGUUUUGAACGUUAUUCAAAUAAUAUUCUUCAAGUAACACGACAAUUGAAUGCAUUUUCAAAUGCUACACUACGUCACGGAAUUUUUCCUUUAAGUGAAGCAAUGGGUAUUGCUCAACAUCAUGAUGCAGUUAGUGGAACAGAAAAACAACAUGUUGCUGAUGAUUAUGCUCAACGAUUAGCACAAGGCAUUGAUUCAGCAUUGUAUGUUAUUAAUGAAGCUUAUAAAAAAUUAUUAUCAAAAAAUACUCAAUCAUUACCAGUUCCAACACAAUAUCUUUGUCAAUUUUCAAAUAUUAGCGAGUGUUUAACAAUUGAAGGACAAGAUAAUUUUACAUUAACAAUUUGGAAUCCAACCAUUCAACUCAUUGAAGAUAUAGUUCGUGUACCAGUAACAAAAAAUUAUACGAUUCAUAGUCCAACUGGUGAAAUUAUUGCAACUACGCUUAUUCCAAUUUCUUCACCAACAAGAAAUAUUCCUGGACGAACAAGUUCAGCUGAAUAUGAAUUAUUAUUUCGAACACCUAUACAACCUCUUGCUUUUAAUACCUAUUAUUUCGAAGCUAAAACUCAUAUGACAAAGGAAACCAAAUUACCAACGAGAGUGACAAAGAAUCAAGCUUGUAUACUUCAAAAUCAACAUCUUCGAAUUGAAUUGGAUGAAAAAGGCAAUCUAAAUAAAAUUGUUAACCGUGAUAGAAAUUUUGAAAUACCAUUCUCUGCUCAUGGUCUAUAUUGGUAUACGAGUUUUCCCGGUAAUAAUUCUGCUCCAGAAUUUCAAGCAUCAGGUGCUUAUUGCUUUCGUCCAUUAACACCCAGUACAUUUCCAGUAAGCAGUUCUCGAAAUAUAACAUGUACUUAUACGGAUGAAGUUCAAACAGCAUUGAUUAUUUACAAUCAAUGGGCUAGUCAAGAGAUUAGUCUUUACGAUCAAGGACAAACAAUUGAAAAUGAAUGGAUUGUUGGACCAAUACCUAUUGAAGAUCAUAUUGGUAAAGAAAUAAUCAUGCGAUAUGAUACAAAUAUACCAAGUAAUGGAUUGUUUUAUACCGAUGCUAAUGGACGUGAAAUGAUUGAACGUCAAAGAGAUUUUCGAUCAUCCUAUAAUUAUACAGUCUAUGAAAAUGUGAGUGGAAAUUAUUAUCCAGUUGCAAGUCGAAUUUGGAUUAAAGAUAAUCAAAGACAAAUGACAAUACUUACAGAUCGAUCUCAAGGUGGUUCAAGUAUGCGUGAUGGAUCGAUUGAACUUAUGGUACAUCGUCGUACACUUUAUGAUGAUCGCCAAGGUGUUGCUGAACCAAUGAAUGAAACAGCUUAUGGGCAAGGUCUUGUCGUUCGUGGUAAACAUUUUCUCAUUGUUGAACCACCAGAAUUUAGUGCUCUUCAUCAUCGUAUUGCUGCUCAACGUCUUUUUAUGAAUCCACUAAAGACUUAUGCAUUACCGAACAUGUCCUAUGUUAAUUAUUCAAUUAAUUAUCGUCAAACAUGGUCAGCUUUGAAUGGAAGUCAACCAUUACCAACUAAUAUUCAUUUAUUAACUUUUGAUCAAUUGACAUCAAAAGUAUUUCUUAUACGACUUGAACAUUUUUUUGAAUUAAAAGAAGAUGCAAAUUUAUCAAGACCAGUUCAAAUUGAUUUACAAAGUUUAUUUAAUGUAUUUGGUAAUAUUACUGAUUUUGUUGAGUUAAAUCUCACAGGUAAUUUACCUUUGAAUCAAAUGAAUCGUCUUGUUUGGAAAACAGAUAACAAUGAAUCAUCUUAUUGGAAAUCAAAAGAUUCCAGUCCAUUAAAAAGUACAAUAGUGACACUUAAUCCUAUGCAAAUCAAAACUUUUCAAGUUACAUUACAAUAA